UUCCAACUUGCCUCACCUACAUAGCUCUGCAAGACUUCUUCAUAUCUGAACCUUCCCAACUCAUGCCCUCCUCCCAUUCUUCAAUGCUCCGUAGUCUCUACUGAAAGAGGAGCCAAUCGGCAAUUUGGAAGAUACCCACUUCAUUAUGAUCUGGCCAAGAUCGGUGACGAGCAAGUUACCGCGCCAUCUUUUCGUCUCCGAGUCUACAGGCCUGGAGAAGAGUACCAUGCAAGAGGGGCAGAACAAGACCGUCAAGUACAAGUGAGCAUCCCUUGCAGCAUCUUGCGUUGAAUUGAGCUUGUGAUCAGUCCAAUUGGAAUUCACACAAGUUUCCAUGAUCUGGUACAGGGUGUUUGCCGGUACGUGGAACGUCGGCGGCGUAGAGCCACCGGAUGAUCUGGACCUGGAGGAUUGGCUAGACAGGAAAGCCAGCUCCUACGACAUCUAUGUUCUUGGGUGGUUCCAGGAGAUCGUGCCUCUGAAUGCAAGGAACGUGCUCGGCCCCAAGAAGAGAUCGGCAUCCAUGAAGUGGGACUCGCUCAUCGGCGAUGCACUGAACAGCAGGAGAAGAAGACAAGGAGAAGGCGAAAAAGCCUUGUCAGGAUGCAGGCAAGGGGCAGCAGCAUUGUAUCAAGAACAGGAGGCGUUCAGGUGCGUCAUGAGCAAGCAGAUGGUCGGCAUCUUCGUCUCGGUCUGGGCGAGGAGCGGCAUCCGCCGGCAUGUCCGCCACCCUGGCGCCUGCUGCAUCGGCGCCGGCGUCCUCGGCCGGCUCGGUAACAAGGGCGCGGUGUCCGUCCGGUUCUUACUGCACGGCACGAGCUUCUGCUUCGUGUGCUGCCACCUGGCCUGCGGCAGCGGCGAGGGCGACGCGCUGCACCGGAACACCGACGCGGUGGGCAUCCUCUCGCGGACGAGCUUCCGCAGCCAUGGCGGCGCGCCAGCACCGGAGGAGUUGCCCAAGAAGAUCCUUGUACAUGACCGCGUGGUGUUCCUCGGCGACCUCAACUACCGGAUCGCCAUGGACGACGCCGAGGCAAGGCAGCUGGUGAAGGCCAAGAAAUGGAGCACGCUGCUGGAGAACGAUGAGCUGCUGCUCGAGCUCUCCAGGGGCCGGCAUUUCGACGGUUGGGACGAGGGCCUUGUCACCUUUCCCCCUACCUACAAGUACCAACCCAAUUCCGACCAGUUCUACUGGUGCACCGACGGCACCACCGCCGGCCCCGAGAGGAAGCACCGCACGCCGGCAUGGUGCGAUCGUAUCCUUUGGCGCGGCAAGGGGAUGAGGCAGAUCCAGUACGAGAGCUGCGGCAGCUACCGGCUCUCCGACCACCGGCCGGUGAGGGCGGUGUUCCACGCCGUGUGCGAGGAUGCAGAAGGUGUAGAUUAUUUAGCAACAGGCUUCUGUGCCCUGAAAUAACUAUGCAUUGAUGCAACACGACCCUGUAAAUCUAUGCAUGUUUGGAACAUAGAAUUUCAGCAUAAGCAGUUCAAUUUCAAACGAAUCAAAAAAAAUUCGACGUCCUAGACUAGCCGGCCUUAGUGAUAU